CAUAAAAUUGCAAAUAAUUACUUAUAUAAAUAGAAUGAAAAUCUUAUAACAUAUCAGAGAGAAGAAAAUGUACAAUGAACUACGGUGGAAAUAUUUCGGAUUGGCAUCAAUACAACUCGGUGCAGACAAAUUUAAAUGAAACAACAUCAACCGAUCAUAAUGUAAAUGCAAAUCGUUUAGCAUUUAUGUCUAGUGGUAGUCCAUCUUCAUUAAAUGCUCUUAAUACUGAAGGCUAUAAAAAAUACCAAAAUGAAGCCAACUUCAGUUCUAGACAUUUUCCACCUAUGAACAAUGUUUCAAAUGGCUCGAAUAAUACUGAUAACUUUGCAAUGCCAUCAGUGGUGCAAAUGCAAGGAUAUAUUGGACAGUAUGGUCCUGUGGUUAAUAGAAACUCUGUUAUGGAUAAUGUAAAAGCUCCGGUUGAUAUAAGAAAUGGAUCGAUGAAUACAUUUAAUGAUGAUUACAGAUACAGAAAUAGUCAUAUGGCGCUUCCUGGACAAAAUUCUCAUUUAAAUGGAUCCAAUAUGAAUAUAAAUGCACCUGUCACCUCUAUAGGAUCACGAACUAAUAAUAUGUGUGCAGCAUCUUCUGUAAGACAAGGACCUUCAUCUUUCAUACCUUGUAAAGCUCUGUGUUGCAAUCCAAAUACAAAUAUAGGUUAUCAACAAUGGGAUAAAUUUGGAACUUAUCAAUCUAAUACACCAUAUAGAGAAAAUAUGCGUUUACCUGGAUAUCAAGCAGAUAAUAGACAAUACGGUGAUCAUAAUUUUCGAAAAGAUAAUUUUGAAAAUAAGGAAAUGUUAGGCUCUAUUAUUCCUAAUACGGAUCAUAGAAGAAACUUUCCAGAAUAUAAAUAUAAUAAGGAUUCUACAAUGUCUAGAGGUUGUUCAGGUCCAUCAGGAAUGAUACAAAAUUAUCCAAUUCCAAAUUACAAUUAUCCAGCAGAGUGUCAGAAAUAUUCUUAUCCUAUGAAAGAAUAUCCAAAGACAAAUAAUAUGGGUUUACAAGAUGCAACUGUUUUUAAACAUCCAGAACAAAAUUAUAUUGCACAACAAAAAUACAAUGCUAAACAAGGUCAAUAUGCGACAAGUAAUGUUUUACCUAAAACUGUGUCCACUUUGAAUGACAGUGUAGAUAUUACAGCUUCUACCCAGAAUUCUUAUUACGCUGCACAAUUUAUAAGAAACGUACCAACAGAAUUUCCACGUACUUGUCAAAAAGCUUUUGAUAAUUCACAACAAGUUGCUGCAAUGCAAUCUACACCUGUGCAUAGCACUUCAUCGCGAUACCAUUCUUAUCAGCAAAAAAUUGCAAUGCAAAGAUUUUCUAUGGAAAAUCAUUUGAGAGAAUUUACAAGAAUACCUGGAUAUCAAUCACAUCCAAAAUACAAAGAAUCUGUUCUUAGAUAUAGAGAAAUAUUAAAAUUACAACAGUCACAUGGAUAUCCAGCAGCAGUUCAACAUCCUGUAAGAAUUGCAUCAACGCCUGUUGAUACUAUUCCAUCUAUAAAUUUGCAAUUUGAUCAGAAUGGAGUUUUAAUAAACCCUACUUAUUUAUCUGAUGGUUUUCCAAAAACUCAACAACAUACAUUGAAUGCAGAUUCAAAACAUUUAGAAAAACAUGGAAAAGAACAAGAUUUAUGUCCAUCUGAUUUAUCUAAUGAAAAUAAUCUACACCCUAAACAAACAAUUAAUCAUUCUCCAAAAGAACAUUCAUCAUCCUUGUAUCAAAAUGAUUUUCAAAAUCAAGACCAGCUUUUAAUACAAAAAUGUAGCGAACAAACUGAGUUUAAAAUACAAGAAAGUGCAGGAGAUGGCAUAAACUCAAGUAAUGCUGAUACUAUAACUGAACAAGAGAAAACAUCAAAAGAUUUUGCUGAUAAGCCAAACCUUGAUGUUCGACAAUUUUUAGCAAAUUGGGAUGCAUCAGAAGAUGAAGAAGAUUCAAAUACAAAUUUGCCGCAUGUUGUCUUAAAUGAUUCAACACCAUUGGUAGUUGUAGAAUAUGAAAGCAUUGAUAACGCUUCAAAAAUACCUCAUAAUGUGAAUGUAAAUAAAGAAAAUAUCACUUCUUCAAAAAAACAUGAUAAAGUGACACAAGAGUAUUCACAAUCUUUAGAUUCUCCUUCUCAGAGUACUGAGCCAUUACAAAAUUUAACUGAAUAUAGAAAUAAAGAUAUUACAAAAUCUGGAAAUAUAAUACAUUAUAUAACCAACAGUAGUGAUGACAUUCCAACGAUACAUAUAGUAGAUAAUGUACAAGUAAAUAAUAUUUUGGAGGUAUCUAAUAAUCAAAUUAUAGAAACCUUAGAACAUCAAGGUUCAAUACCAUUUUAUCGAGAAAAUGUAAAUUUAGAAGAAGAAAUAAGAAAAUGUGAUGAUAAUAAGAAAGACAAUUCUACAAAUGUAGAAGCUUUGAACAAAAAUACAUAUACCAGCAAUGAUACUUUGUCUGAGAAAGAUAAAAAGUCUUCAAUUCAGAAUACCAAUCAAGAAUUAAAUGCUUUGGAAACAGUAUCAAAAAAUAAUUUAAAUGGACAAACUACAAACUUACAAAAACAAAAUAGUUUCGCAAGUGAGGAAUCACAUAACACAGAUGAUAUCAGUCUACCUGAUUUGCCUACAACUGAGUGUACUCCAAUAUCCACUACUCUAAAUACACCUAUUCAUUCAGACAGUGAAGAACCAUCAGAACGUGAGUCUUCUAUAUCUUCCAAUCCUAUAGAGAUUAUACAAAAUAGUCCAAUAAUUAGUUUUACUCAUUCUCCUAUUAAAAUCGGAUCCUAUGAACAUUUAGAUGAUACUGUUAUUUCUAAAGAAAAUACUUUACUUCAAUUUAAUUUAGAAGAAGCAAAUCAAUCUAAUAAUAAUAGUAUUAAUUCAUUUGAAAAUACUAUAGCUUCGAACAAUUUUAAUAAAGCUGGUAAAGGUGAAGUUAUUGAAGCAUCUAGAAACAAUAAAUUGCAAACCAGUUCUAAUAAAAAUUCAAUUAUGACGAAUACUAAAAAAAUAGAUAAACAAUAUAAUGAAAAAUCAUCUGAUGUAUGUGAAUCUUCAACAAAUGAGUAUGAAUCAGAAAGUGCACCAAUUGAUAUGCACAAAAAUUCUAUUCAAAACUCCAAGAAUACAAAAGUCGACAAAACCAAUAGUAAUAAAUUUCAAAGCAUUGAAGAUCCUUCAGAACCUAUAAAUUAUAAAAUAUCAACAACACUGACUGAAACAUCUCAAUCUACAUUAAAAAACAAAUCAAGUGAAAAUAAAGAGCAGUAUAUGAUAAAUACUGUUCAAAAUAAUGAUAGAAGUCCUGAAAUGAAUGUUGAAAUAAGAAAACAAUCAAAGUGCUUGUUUGCAACUAAAUUAAAACAGGACAUUCCUAAUGAUAAAAGUCCACUAUCAUUGAUUUCAAGGGAAAAUAUAGAGGAAGGACACACACUACGAUACAUGGAAAAAAAUACUUCAUCAAAUAUUAAAAAUAUUUUGCCCGUUCCAAACAUAUAUGCAUCUAGAGCUGACAAAUUACAAAAUGUAAAUACUGUAUCAAUACAGAAAAAAUGUCUAGAUACGUUAACCAAUAAUAAAUUACGUUCUAAAAGUCCUCAAAAUGUUUGUGCAAAUAAAGAAAAAGAUAGAGAAGGUUUUUCUAAAGAUCUUCGAAAUGAGUCUAAACAUCAAGAACUUACAAAAAAUUCUGACGUACAUUCAUCUUCUAUGGAUAAUGCUAGUUUAAUAGAAAUGUUACCUGGCCAUGUAACACAUAACAAAAAUUCUAUCUUAGAUACUAAAAAUAAUGCUAAACUGGAAAAUGAUACAAUAAAUAAAAAAGAAGAUAAUGAACAUAUUUUUGUAAAAGAAGAAAAAUCUAUAUCUAUUUCUAAAAAAGUACAUGGUCAGUUACAGAAGAGUGACGAAAUCUGCAAAAUAAAUGCAAACGCUGAUAUUACAAAUGUUUCUCAGGAAGAUCAUAACCAAAGUAAAAUUUUAGAAAAAAAUAAAUCUCAAAAGAAUUUCAAUGAAUACAUGGAAGUAAACAAUGACAUGAUGUAUCUUGAUAAAUGCAUUGAUAACAAUAAACAUAUAGAAAAUAAUUAUUUUAAUAAAAGAUCUAUAUCACGAUAUACAGGUACUCAAUUUCAACAGUGUGAUUCUGCAAUAGAAGAUACCCAAGCAUUAGAGAAGAAUACAAAUUUAAAGAAUAAGGUAGAUUCAAGUCAAACGUCAUCUUCUACAACCGCUAUUUGUUCUAUUACUUCCGAAAAAUCAGAACAGGAACAGCUAUAUACUGUUUCUAAAAGUUUCACAACAAAAAAUGUAAAUUCUGAUUUUGAAAUUAAAGUUACAAAUGUUAAUUUAAAAUUUACGGAUAAUGAUAUAUGCAAAGAAUUAGUCACUUUGAGAGAUAAGAAACAAGAGAAUUUAAAUAGUUGCUCUGAAGGAAUUAAAAUUGAAAUAAAUGUAUUGUGUGCAGAGCGUAAUGCCAAAGAAAAGUUAUUGCAACAAGAGUCUAUAAAUGUGGAUAGUGAAAUGAUUGAUCAAUCAAAUCAUUCUGUAUACGGUAACAAGAGUACUUGUUUAUCAAAUAUAAAAGAAUAUGACAUAUAUGGAAAAUUAGAUACAGAAAAAGGAAGUAAUAAAAUUGAUGGAAUUACAAAUCACAAUCGAUGUCAGAGUACAGAUAUUUGUUAUGGAAGUGUGGAAAAUAUAAUGAAAGAACAGGAAGAACCUCUUAGUUUAAUAGUUCGAAAUAAAACAGUACCAACAAAUAAAGAAGAUACACUACCUCAAGAAUAUUCAAAAAGAAAAGAAACAUUAUCAAAGGAUGUAUUUAGUAGAUUAGAGAAUUCUAUGGGAGAUAAUAACUAUACAGAAAUUGAUCAAGAAAUUACAUCCGUUAAUACUUCCAAUGAAAGAAAGAAACAACAUACAUCAUUGAAUUUAGUCGACAAACCUAAUGAUACAAAAGAUGAAAGUCUAUGCUAUACAAAAAUGAAUGAUUUACUUAAUAAAAUUGACCAAGAAAAUGAACCUUCUAAUGUAAUCUACAGUUGUGCUACAUCUAACGUAAAUUGUAUGCAAAAUAGCGCUAAUACAGAACAUAUAUCAAAAAUGAAUAAUACGCAAAAAAAUAAAAUGAAAGAUUCAUCAUCUGCUUCAUAUAAAUAUAAAGAUAAAAAAGAUGAAGAAGAAGAAGACGAUAGUUCGUCCGAUAAGAAUGAUGAUAUGCCAAAUAUUGUAACAAUACAUGUUAAAACUGAUAACAUGAACAACGAAAAAUUUGCAGAACUUGAUUUUACAAAUUUCGACAUAUUUUCUAAUGAAAGUAAUAAAAGUAAUGAUAAUGAGCCAGGAAAAUGGAGACGUCCUGUAACUCCUAUAGUAAAUCAAACAUUAGAAGAAUGUGAUUUAUAUGGAAGUACUAGUGGUUAUGUAAAUCCUAUUUUUACUAAUAUAGAAGAAUCAAAUAACAGAAAUGAAAUUCCUGUAUAUAGAACUAAAGAUGGAAAGAUAACUUAUAGUCCUAAUCCCAAAGCUUUAGUCCUGGAAAAUAAAGAAAGAGCUUAUUGUAAUGUAGAAGAAUAUUCACCACAUAAAUAUAACAAUCAUUUAAAGAUGAAUACUUCUGUUAAAAAAGAAAAAGAUAUAAAUAAUUAUAAAGAAAGGAUAUCGUUGGAAUGUAAUGAUACAAAAAUCGCUUGGAGUGAAUCAACUGAUAAAAGUUUUUCUGAAUAUUCUAAUAAGAAUGAGAAUAGUAAACAAAAUAUUCACUCUAUGAAACAUCAAGCACUAGAUUUAAAACAUUAUUACCACAAAAUAGAAAAACAAUAUAAUAGUACAACUGAUAGUCAAGUACAUAAAGAGUACAAUAAAGAUCUUUCUGACUUUAAAUGUGAGGAACAAAAACAGCAUGGCAAUGAGGAUAAUUGUAGUACUCAUAAAGAUAGUUUGAAAAAUGAGGCUACAAAAGAAUCUGAAAGUCAUAAGAAAAAGUUAAAAGAUAUCUUUGAUAAUAAUAUUCAUUCGAAAGAAAAGAAUAUGAGAAAAGCAGAGAUUUUAGGAGUAACUGAAGCAUAUACCAUGUAUCAGAAUACAAGAAGUAAUUCUAUUCAAAAAAAUAGUCAUAAUGAUACAUUUUCUUUGCAUAAAUCUACUGAUAGCUUUGUACAAAAACCCAGUUCAACGGAAAGCUGUGAUAUUAAAUCGAAAUACUGCGAUACAAUUAAGGAGUCAAUUGUGCCUUAUGCAAUAUGUGAUCAAUCAGUUACUGAAUGUUCUUUAAACCAAAGUAAUAAAUUAACAAGUGAGAAAUCAAAUUCUAUUAUAAAAUUAGAGAAGAAAAAGUUUAAGCCUAAUAUAAAUCAACUUAAAUUCUCGGAACUGUGUUCGGAAGAAGAUCGUUUUAAAGGCAAAAGACAUUACACUAAUAAUCUCAUGAAACAUAAUUCAUUUUCUGAAGAUCUAGAAUAUUUUAAUGAAAAAAAGAUUGAUCCAAAUAUUAUUCAUUUAGAAUCAGAAAAUAUCUGCACAAAUAUUACAAAAAAAUCAGAAUCACCAAUUACUUCUGAAAUAUCCAAAUAUAAAAGACAUUAUGAGCAUUUCCAUGUAAAAUGUGAAAUAGGCUCUGAUGAAAGUAAUACAAAUUUUGAAACAGAAUUUGAUAAUACAGGGAAUAUUUUGAAAUAUGCAAAAGAGAAUAUUGUAAUUUCUAAAAAAGAUGUUCUUCUCACAACAACAUUAGAUGUAGAAUGUUCGGAUUCCUUGAAACGAUUACAUAAUUCUAAACAAAAAGAAAAGAUAGGAUAUCAGGAUGAGAGCAAUGGUGAAACAGAAAAUACAAAUUUUUCAUUACAGAACGAAGUAUCUAAAAGUAAUGAGGAUGAAAAUUUAAAUCAACAAAUUACAGAAGCUAAUAUUUUCUACACUGACAAUAAUAUUAUUUCUGAAAAGGGAUGGAGACGGUUACCUUCAAAUUGCUUAAAAAAUGAUGAAAUAGAAAUCAUGGGAAGUGAUAUAAUUAGUCCUAGUAAUUUCGAUAGUGAAGUACAUAUUAUUCAUGGAGAUUCUAUGCAUUUAUCACAAAUGAAAAAAUCGAAAAUGCCUAAAAUUAUUUUGGAAACUGAAGAGUCUUCUUUUAACGAAAUAAAUAACAGUGAUUGUCAGAAUCAUAAUUUCAUAACAACAGACCAUAAAUAUGAUAUUCCUUUUUCUAGAGAAGAAAAAAUAAAAUCUGAAUCAAUGUAUAUGGAUCAAAACAAAGAUGAAAUUAUUUCAUUAGAGUCUGUUAUUUGUAAUAAAAACAUUGAUUCCAUUGAAAAAAUAAACAAAGAUAAAAGUACGGAGAAGAGAAAUUCUAUCUUUUCGUUAAAUUCGUCGGAUAAUUCAGAAAUUAAAAAUAUAAUAAAAGAUGAAGUUUUUUCACCAAACAAUGUCAAUGAAAUAGACAUUGUUGAAGAAUCAUCGUUAAAACAAGAAGAUAUAAAUACUUUGAAGUAUCAAAAUUAUAAUGUAUCAGAUGUAACAAAUGAAUCACAAGAGAGUUCAGAAACAGUUAAUACAAUAGAAAAAGAAUCACAAAGAAAACAAUUAAAAAAUAAUUUAUAUUGUAUUGAAAAUAAAAGUAAUAGUAAUUCAUAUUUAUCUUCAAAACAAUCAAGAAAUUGUGAUGUUGAAGCUUGUAAUAUCCCAGAAUUGGAGGAUAUAUCAAAAUUAAAUUUAGAAACAAAUACAAAUGUAAUUAAUGAAAUUUCAACAAAUGAUAUAAACAAUAAAGUGGAAGAAGAGCGUUCUUUAUCCCCUCCAGAUAUUACUACUACUGCAUAUAUUAAUACAAACUAUCCUUCUACAUCAGAUUGCAAUGAAAAUAUACAAAUGAUUUCUAGAACUAUUAUUGAAGAAAAUGAAACAAACACAGAUUCAAGACCUGAACUGUCUUCUCAACCUAAAAUACCUAAAAUGAUAAUCCGAAAUACUGGAUCCUGUUCUACAUCUGUUGCAGAAGAAAUAUUAGAAACAUCAUCAGAGUAUCCUUCUUUUGCACUUAGUAAAGUUAAACAUUCUACUUUUAUUAUUGAGAAUGAAGAAGAUAAAGAAAGAAGUGACAGUGAUUCUGAAAGUUCUUUACAUAAAUAUGAUUUAAAUAAAAGUAGAGUACCUAAAAUGAAAAUAAAAUUUAAUGACAAAUCGUUAAAAAAGAAUAUUGAAAGUGACAAUAUGGAAAUUUCUUUUAAAAGGAAACAUAUGAAAAAAAUUGUUCCUAAAGUAAAAAUAAAGAAAAUUAGAACUGAAGCAACAACUAUGCAAAAUGAACGAGCAGAAUCUUCAUUAUUAGUGAUGGAAGUUAAAACUUCUAACACAACAAAUGAGACUAGUUCUAAUAAAAUGUCAUUGGUUAAUGAAGAAAUAAAACAAGAGAAAAUUCCUAAAUUAAAACUGAAGAAACCUCAAGAAGUCAUUUUACCUAUGGAAUCCAUUCGAAAAAAAACAAACGUAAAAACCGUUGAUUUAGCAGUGAAAAAAUAUAAAAGCGAUAAGAAUGAAAUAAAAUUGACUCAAAAACAUGAAGAUAUAAUUGAAUCAAUAUUGAAGCAAAACGAUAAUUCGUCUGUGUCUGAACGUGAAGUCAAAAAUAAAUUAUUACCCUGCAUUUCAGAAAAGGUUCCAAAGGUUAUAAUCAAACGUGCCUCUGCGAGUGCAGAAUUUAAAUGUGAGUUUAGUGAAGGUGGUAGUGAUACAAUAAUAAAUAGCUCUAAAUGGCAACCAGAAGUUAAAUUACAAAGAUCUCGACAUUUAGAUAACAUGGUAAAGGACCUAAAAUACUGCCGAAUAUCUAAAGCAUAUAUAACACGAAAAUGUAUAGAUAUUAUUUCUUCACACAAAUCAAGAAGAAUAUUUCGAGAUAAAAGACAUAAUAAAUUGAAUAAAUUAUAUAAAUCAAGUUCUAUAUCGGAUUUGUGUCCAAUUAAAUACGAAGAAAGUGGAAAAUUAAAUUAUAAUUAUAGUAAUAACAAGUUAUCUGAUACAGAAGUUACACCUAUUCGUGAAGGAAUAGAAGAACAUAAUGAGUUAUCUAUAAAAUCAAUUAGCAAGUACAAAUUUGAAAAGAAUCUAUGGGACAUAGAUGAUAAAUAUUUAGAAGAAUCUUGUGUUUCUGAUGAUAUUGUAGAUAAAUCUUUAUAUAAAAAUUCAGACGAUACAGAUAAUAAGGACCAUUCAAUAAUAAAAACAGAUACUACAAAUAUAACAAAUAACCCUUCCUUAAAAAAUAAUGCUGAUAAUAGUGAUCUCAAUACUAUAAAUUUUAAUGCUAAUUCUACAAAUAAUGUAAGUAAAAUACCAUUAAUCACGCAAAAUGACUUGAAUCAUUAUAAUGAUAAUGAAAAUAAUAAGUUUCCUAGAAAAAAUAAUGACUCUGAAUUAAAAUCUUCGAAAUCUGAUAUUACAACAGAUGAUUCUGUAGAUCAUGAUUGUUCGGUUAUAAAAUUGGAUUCCUCGGACGAAAGUCAAUCAACAAUAGAAAUUUUGCCAGCUUCUCCAGACAUAAAUCAAGUUGGAAUAGAAGAACCUAAUAACAGCCUUAACAAUGAGGAAACUGAACAAUUGUAUUCAGAAGAUGCUAUACCUACUCAAUUUGAAUUAGAAUUAGAAGUUACAGAUACUAAUAUUGACUCUGUAGUAACACCACCUCUAAGACAUGAGUUAAAUUCUGAACAUUUUAAUGAUACACAACUUAGAGCAUGGCAACUAAACCAAAAAAUACAAGAUUUUCAUGAUUUAAAAAAUUAUACAAAUCAAGAUGUUCCACUUGCUAAUAAUAAUCAACAAAGCUCUGAAGUUUCAGAAAAAAAUAAAAUAUCUAGCAAACAAAAUAUUUCAUUAUCAAUAUCAACUCUUACACAUGACAGUUCAGAGAAUCAUACAAUGGAAACGACAAUUGCAUCUCGUGAGAACCUUUAUUGUAACGAUUUACUUAUGAAGGAAGUAUUAGCUGCUAAAGAAAUGUUGAAAAAAUGUUUAUCUAUGUCUAAAAAUGACACCACUUCAAAAAAUAAACCAAAAUUGAGAUCACUUAUAGAAAAAAAUAAAGAUUCUUAUCUUACCUCUAGUAGUCAUAGAAAAACAUUUCUUAAGACUGUUACUACUCAUCAUACAUAUGAAAUAGAUCAAAUGAAUCAGCAACAAUCAACGAAUAAAUUAAAUAUAAAAAAGAUAGGGGAAAAGAAUUGUAAUGAAGUAAUAAAUAAAGUUAUACAAAUUACCAAAUGUACAGAGAAAAAAGAUAUAAAACAUACUGAUGUUAAUGUGCAAAGUACUUUAGUUUCUGCACAAAAUUCUCCUAUAAUAUCAUUGAAAACUCUUAAACGAUACAGUCAAUCUGUGCCAAAUAAAAAUAUAUCAACUUAUGCGAAAUAUCGUAAAAUAUCGGAAGAAGAUGAGAAUGAACCUUUAAUAUGUCAAAGUAGUCAUACUCAUCAAGUGAAAGAUAAAGAUCAAGAUGUUAAAGUUGAAAAAAAUAUGACUCAUCCUAAAAUUGAAACGACAUCCGAUAAUGAAGAUGUACAAAUUGAAAAUGAUAAAAAUUUUAAUCAAUCCAAUAAAAGAGAAGACAAUAUGCCAAUAUUAGAACCAGAAAUUGCUUUUAGUUUCGAUGGAAGUUCAGAUAGAGAUAGUUCAAGAUCACCGCCUGUUAUAACAAAUCAAGAGAUUGUAACUACUCAAAAUGAAAUAUUAAAAUGCUUGCAAGGAGAAGUAUUAGCAUCAAAUGAUAAAAAAGAUGAUAAAAAAUAUAUAGCAAAAGAAUAUGAUAUGACUGUAAAUGAUAUUGUUAGACAAUUAGCUUAUCAUAAAAAGUCAACAAUAAGGCAUAAAAGAUAUUGUAAUUUGUGUGAAAAAUGGUUUCCAACGACAUCUCGUCAUAGACGACAUUUAGCUGGAUAUCAACAUCGUCAUAUAGAAUUGACACAGCGAAGAGCAAUUCAUGCACUUUUUAUUCUUUUUACUGGCAAACCUUGUUCGAAACUAUUACGAGCUACUAGUAUGCGAAAUGAUUGUUCUAUAGGAGAAUUGACACCUUUACAAAUUGCUGUUCAGGAUUUAGCUAAAUUCUUGGAUGGUACAGAACCGGAUCUAUUAAUACCAAAUAAUGUCGAGAAAUAACCAAAAGUAGUUAUUGAAUUACGUAACGUGUCAAGAGAGAUGGGCAAAAAUUUCAUAUUUCAACUAAUCAUUAGAUGACAGUCCACAUGUUUUUGACCACAUCAGUAUAAUGGAGUUGAUUGGAAUUAGCUGAGUAAGCUAAUAUUUGUUACUUCGUUGACCGUAUGUUACCUGAAACAGUUACUUUAUGUAGUAAUUAACUAUUUAACCAAAGACUUUAUUAGAGUAAUAAUGUAACUAAAACUACUAUUAUAUAAAGGUUUGAGACUUUGCACCAAAAUACCGCAAUGCUGUAUGCUAGUGCAUAAAGCUGUUGUUUGAACUUCACAAACAGCUCUAAAUAAAAUGGCUGUUGUUUAUUCUUUAUAGUCAUCACAUGAUUUUUACACAUAUGUAGUGCUGUUUAUAGAAGAGUGUGUUCACUAAGGCAUGAUUUUAAAAAAUGGACUUUCGAGCCAACAAUAUUGCAAUUUUUAAAGGCUACUAUGAUGGCUAUUAGUUUAUAUACACAUGGUUAUGAAUGAUUUAAUCUAUAUAUGUGUCUGUGUAUAUAUAUAUAUACAAGCACAUACACAUAUAUAU